GCAGCAGCGGGGUAGGAGGCUGUUAUGUCUCCCCGCACACAGGAGCUCACGUAUCCGUCCGCUGUGUGUGCAGGGCUGAUAGUCUCCCGGGAGCAGCAGGCCAGCCGGUUCUACACUCUCGCUCCCCGCUGACAGCUUGUUAGAGACACACACUUCCUGGACGGACACGCGUUUACAAAGCUCCUCAGCGGCAGGGGUCGCUGCAGGGAGCAUGUCUCGUCCGGGGUUCGGUAAUCUGCAGUGGUGCGUACCGCUUUUCAUCGAAUCUCGUGCCAGCAUGGUGCACUCCUUGAUAGAAGCCUAUGGACUGCUUAGAGAAAUGAGGGUUGUAAAGCCUAUUGUUGCCACCAUGGAAGAAAUGGCGACAUUCCAUACUGAUGCUUAUUUACAACACCUUCACAAGGUCAGCGAAGAAGGGGACAAUGAUGACCCUGAGACCCUCGAGUAUGGCUUAGGCUAUGACUGUCCCAUCAUGGAAGGGAUCUACGACUAUGCUGCUGCUGUAGGAGGAGCCACGCUUACUGCUGCCCAGCAACUAAUGGAAGGCAAAGCCCGUAUUGCCAUUAACUGGCCAGGUGGUUGGCAUCAUGCUAAGAAAGAUGAAGCCUCUGGAUUUUGUUACCUUAAUGAUGCUGUUUUAGGCAUUUUAAAACUACGGCAAAAAUAUGACAGAGUGUUGUAUGUAGAUUUGGAUUUACAUCAUGGAGAUGGAGUCGAAGAUGCAUUCAGUUUCACAUCCAAGGUUAUGACUGUUUCUUUUCAUAAAUUUUCUCCCGGAUUUUUCCCUGGGACUGGCGAUGUAAGUGAUAUUGGCCUAGGCAAGGGGCGAUACUACAGUGUUAAUGUUCCCUUACAAGAUGGAAUCACAGAUGACAAAUAUUGCAAAGUCUGUGAAGGUGUGCUGAAGGAGGUAUUUACUGCAUUUAAUCCUGAAUCAGUUGUCCUGCAGCUGGGGGCUGAUACGAUCGCUGGAGACCCCAUGUGUUCCUUUAACAUGACCCCAGAGGGCAUGGGAAGGUGCCUGAAAUAUGUUUUGCAAUGGCAGCUACCUACCCUGAUCCUGGGCGGAGGAGGAUACAAUCUACCCAACACUGCUCGCUGCUGGACAUAUUUGACUGCAGUCAUCUUAGGCCGGACCUUAUCUUCUGAAAUCCCAGACCAUGAGUUUUUCACAGAAUAUGGCCCGGAUUAUGUUUUGGAGAUUACGCCAAGCUGCCGUCCUGAUCGUAAUGAUCCUACGAGGGUUCAGGAGCUACUGGAAUCAAUCAAAGGCAACUUGAAGCGUGUGGUUUAACCUGGUCGAUGCAUUUGUUCUGCUUUCUAGUCCAAUUGCUUGUAUAGAAACCUUGGUGCUUCUAUGGAUUAUUUUAAAUAUUAAAAAUUAU